CCUUUGUACCCUUCAUGAUUCCUUCCAACAAUAAAAAUUAUUGUCUCUCCCAUUAACAAGUAUUAAUCAAUCGCGAAAACACACCCAAAAUUCAACCUGCAAAAACCCAGCUCACUCCAUCCAUAUAUUACUUACACCCUGUCAUCAUGAUACCUUCCACUUCUCUCUCCAUAAUUCCUACUCUCUCCCCUAUUCCUUUCUAUUCCAUCACUUGUUCAUCUUCUCCUUCAACAUCCUCUUCUUCUUUCCUGUACCCGUUUCUGGUUUCUUUUAAAGUUUCGAACUUUUCUUCUCGUAAACCAAAACCCAUUGAUCUUUCUUGCAAACAAAACUGCUUUACUGAGUUUCAGAGGCUAAAAAAGGGUGAAAGAAAUAAAGGGUGUUUUCUUGUUAGAGCUGAAAGCAAUAACGAUAUGACUAUUAGUGAGGUUAGAGAAGAAGACGAAGAGAACCCUCCUCCUUUCCUUGACUACGAUACCAUUUCAAGGCCUAGACGCAUUGCUCUUUUUGUUGAGCCUUCUCCAUUUGCAUAUGUAUCAGGUUAUAAAAACAGGUUCCAGAAUUUCAUCAAAUAUUUACGCGAAAUGGGGGAUGAGGUGAUGGUUGUGACAACACAUGAAGGAGUACCUCAGGAGUUUUAUGGAGCAAAAUUGAUCGGAUCACGGAGCUUCCCCUGCCCUUGGUAUCAGAAGGUGCCCCUCUCUCUAGCACUUAGUCCAAGAAUAAUUUCAGAGGUUGCACGGUUUAAGCCUGACAUAAUACAUGCAUCAUCACCUGGGAUAAUGGUUUUUGGUGCACUUGCCAUUGCAAAACUGUUGUGUGUCCCCAUAGUGAUGUCUUAUCACACUCAUGUCCCUGUAUACAUCCCAAGGUACACUUUUAGUUGGCUUGUGAAACCCAUGUGGAUGAUCUUAAAAUUUCUUCACAGAGCCGCUGAUCUAACUCUAGUGCCAUCAGCUGCUAUUGGGAGGGAUCUUGAAGCAGCUAGGGUGACAGCAGCUAAUAAGAUUCGUCUUUGGAAUAAGGGUGUUGAUUCUGAAAGUUUCCACCCCCGUUUCCGCUCUAAUGAAAUGCGAAUGAGAUUAAGCAAUGGUGAGCCUGAAAAACCAUUGAUAGUCCAUGUUGGACGGCUUGGAGUUGAGAAGAGUUUGGAUUUUCUCAAAAGGGUCAUGGAUAGGCUUCCGGGAGCAAGGAUUGCCUUUAUUGGGGAUGGACCAUAUAGGGAGGAGCUGGAAAAGAUGUUUACUGGCAUCCCUGCUGUAUUUACUGGGAUGUUGGGAGGAGAAGAACUCUCUCAGGCAUACGCCAGUGGGGAUGUUUUUGUGAUGCCUUCAGAAUCCGAGACACUUGGUCUUGUUGUUUUGGAGGCCAUGUCAUCAGGAAUUCCUGUCGUGGCAGCUCGUGCUGGGGGGAUACCAGAUAUAAUUCCUCCAGAACAGGAUGGCAAAACUGGGUUUCUCUUUAAUCCAGGAGAUCUUGAUGACUGCUUGAGCAAGUUAGAGCCUUUGUUGGAUAACCAAGAACUGAGAGAAACAAUGGGCAAGGCAGCACGCCAUGAUAUGGAGAAGUAUGACUGGAAGGCAGCGACAAAGAAAAUACGGAAUGAACAAUACAAUGCUGCAAUUUGGUUCUGGCGCAAGAAGAGAGCCCAGCUAUUGAGACCUAUCCAGUGGCUAGUAAAACGUCUCUUCCCAUCUCCAGAAGUUUAACUGCAGGUGAUGAAAGUUCGUGUAAGAGGUUGUCUUUGAACAGGUAAAUUAAUGGGAAGAAAAAGGAUUUUAUUUUUUAUUUUUUAUUUUUUUUAUAACCAACUUGCUGUAGUUCUUGUUGUGACAAUCAAUUAAAUUACCAUGUGCUCUAUUAAAUGUCGAUAGAAAUUAAUUGGGUUUUAGGGUCAAAGAUUUGAUUGUCUUUAUUAUUAGAUUAUUUAUUUAUUUAUUUGUUAUUAGUUAAUAACAAAAUGUAUAUUCUCUCA